AUGAGAAGUGAUAGCAGCUACCCCGUUGCGCAACAAACCAGAGUAGGCUGGAUUCUGUGCGGAAACGUAAAAACAUUUAACUGCUUUGUAACUCUCAACAACUUGGAAGACAUGGCAAGGUUUUGGGAAACGGAAGAAUGUGGCGACACUUCAACUAUAACUAGCGAAGAGGAGCACUGCGAAGAAUACUACAACUUGACCACUUCGAGAAUGGAAAAUGGGCAAUAUGUCGUGCAAAUGCCCAUGAAGCCUAACUAUGAAGCUAACCUAAUCGACACAAAGUCCCAAGCAAUAGCGCAGUUUCUGCAACUCGAACGAAAAAUGCUGACAAACAAAAACCUACAACACGAGUACAAACGCUUUAUGGAAGAAUAUAUUACUAUGGGUCACAUGCAACCUGUAAUCACGGAAAAUAAACCUAGAGUCUAUCUGCCUCAUCAUGGCGUACUGAGGGCAGAGUCAACCACGACAAAGUUAAGAGUUGUCUUCAACGCGUCGUACAAAACGAAAAAUAGCAGCAGCCUCAAUGAUAACAUGUACUGCGGUCCUAACCUACAGAAAGACAUGUUUACCCUUCUCACCAGUUGGAGAACUUACAGAUAUGUCUUUACAGCAGAUGUAGAGAAACUCUACCGUUUCAUCUGGCUUUAUGCAGAACAGCAACAUCUGCAAACUAUAAUUUGGAGAUCUCACCCAAAAGAAUCGCUACAAGAGUGGGAACUGGGCACUGUAACGUAUGGAAUGAAAUGUGCCUUCUAUCUUCCAAUGCGCACUCUACAUAAACUAGCGCAAGACGAACAGGAUAAUUAUCCCGAGGCCUCAAAGGUACUCAGAAGCUCGUUCUACAUGGAUGAUUUGGUCCACGGAAAAGACACAAUUGAAGCAUCGAAAGAACUAGUAGCCCAGCUUGUCGAAUUACUGAAAAAAGGAGGCUUUAACUUACGCAAGUGGAAAAGUAACGAAGCGACGAUCUUAGCCGACCUACUAGAUGAUCAAAGAAGCAGCGACGCUCACAUUAACUUCAGCCCGGAACAAACGACAAACUCAACAACAAAGAUGUUGGGUAUGAGGUGGAACCAAUCGAGUGACUGUUUCACGUACAGCUGGAACUUAUCUGAAAAGAAAACCCUACCUAAGCGAACAUUACUUAGUGAAAUAAGCAAGUUGUACGAUCCGCUGGGCUUCCUAUCACCUUUUAUUAUAAAAACAAAACUAUUAUUUCAAAAGAUCUGGAUCAGCAAAAUCAGCUGGGACGAACGCCUAUGUGAUGAACUAACUAACGAGUGGGAAACAUUGAGGAAAGAAAUCCCUUUGUUAUGCCAAAUAGCAAUGCCAAGAUGGCUGCAGUGCCAUGGCACAGAGAUUGAGAUACACGGAUUCUGCGAUGCCAGUGAAAAGGCAGAUGCGUGUGUCCUUUACAGCCGCGUCCGAAAUCUGAACGGCGAGUAUGUCACCACGCUAGUAACUGCAAAAACUAAAGUUGCGCCGCUCAACAAAAGAAUAACUCUACCUAGGAUGGAACUAUGUGAAGCAUUACUACUCGCUAAACUGAUAGAAAAGGUGAAACAAACACUCGUCGAGAAAAAGCUUCAGAUAAGGUGCUGGAGCGACUCUAAAGUCGUGCUAGCAUGGUUGCAAGGAGAUAUAAACAGAUGGGAAAAAUAUGUAGCGAACAGAGUGGCUCAAAUAAACAACGUAAUCCCUGCGACUCAUUGGAACUAUGUCAGAUCAGAAGAAAACCCAGCUGACUGCGCAAGCCGAGGACUCCUGCCUUCCAAACUGCUAGAAUUUAAGCUUUGGUGGGAGGGCCCAAGUUGGUUAAAGACAUAUGAUUCUAAAAAUAGCCAAGACAAUUAUUGUCCCGGAACCGAAAAAACGAGGUCCAACAGGAGCAAAUAA